AUGGGCAAGAAUACAGACGACCGGCCAGCCUACUUGAGCUCCGAUGACGCCAAGUACUCUCUAGGUGUGCAUCGUGGACCAUUGGCCCCCACGAGCGAGGACCCGAAAUUGGAGCAGGUUCAGUCCGCGGGUGGCAUCUCAUUAGCUACCAAUCGAUCCAGGAAGGAGAGGUUGGCCCGUCAUUGGAAGCGAUUCUGGUGCUGCUAUCUCAUUGGAAAUGUCAUCUUCCUCGCCAUCUUCCUCCCCGUCUUCUUCCUUGUCGCAAUCCCGGCCAUCUCUCAAUUGGUGGUUAACAAGUCAGACCUGGUCCUCGUCAAUGCGGCGGUCAUGCAACCGCGCGCCGAGUCCAUCCAGUUGACCCUAGAAUCAGCGUUGAACUUGAAAAUCGCCCUGCCUGUUCGCAUUGAGCCCAUUGUGCUGGAUCUGUUCGUGCGCGAUACUGGAUCCAAAGCGCCAUGGGGCAAUGUCACCAUCGCUGGCAAGACUAUCAAAGGCAACACCACCCUCGGUGUUUCGGACGUGCACACACCCCUCAUCAACACGACCACCUGGACCAGCUAUGUGCAUGACGUCGUCUUUGAUAAAACUACCGCCUUGUCGCUCAGGGGCACGACUAACUCCUAUUUGGGAGUGUUGAAAUCGCCUGUGGUCAUGGACAAGGACGUCGUCUCGCCGACUCUCGAUUCGUUCAACGGGUUCAGUAUCACCGAUAGCGCUCUGCUGCUUCCCCCCAAAGCAGAUGGCACGAACCUGGUCGGUAACGCCACGCUGCCCAACCCAUCCGUGCUCACUAUCGAGAUCGGCACCAUCACCCUCGAUAUCAAGUCGGGCGGUUUGGUCAUUGGAAAUGCCACCCUAGAGGAUCUGACCAUCAAGCCCGGGGACAACAAGCACCCUCUGACGGCCAUUCUGGACUUUGACAUCAUCUUUGCGCAUCUGGGCACUGUUCUCAAAUCCCAGGCCAAUCUUUUGAAGACCGGCAACCUGACCCUGGAUACGAUCACCAAGUCGGUUGUCUGGGAGAACAAGACCGUGCCUUACUACACCGAGGUCAUGUCUGGGCUGACGCUUCCGGCCCAAGUGCCCCUUAUGGACACCCUGAAGAACACAUUACACGGCCUCAACUUGACCGAACUCGCGGAUUACGCCAAGUCUAAUAGCACGGGCGGUGGUCUUCUGAGUACUCUGGAAAACGACUUCAAAAAUAUGGAUUCUGGUUCCGGCUCCGGCUCCGGCCUCUCAUCCCUCUUGAAGAGAAACGUGCAUAUCCGCGAAGCUCUCAAGAAUAUCCACCCGGUUAAGCGAGACGCCGCACUGGACUCACUAGCCAAUCUCUACAUGAAGCUCUGA